GAGAGUGGCAAUUUUCCCCAGCUGUUUGAAAGCUUAGAGCGAAAUCCGCAGCGUUAUGGUAUUGAGCUAUUUGGCGUUUCCGUCACGACGCUGGAGGAGGUGUUCUUGAAGGUUGGCCGUGACCACACAGAGGCCGACAUCGCUGAGGAUGAGCGGCUGCAACAGGCCAGCUUCGUUCGGCAAAUCUCCACCGAGAGG